AUACAGCCCAUCUGUCCUAUCCAUGCUGUUACACCCAGUCUAUUUUUGAGCCUUUCUCCGCCCUGUUUCGAGUCUCUGCUGCGACCCCAGCCUGGCACUCUGUCACCUGUACGGAGUACAACUGACAUCCCGCCACGUCGGUACAUUCUCCUACGACAACCUGCCUUUUUCACCUCAUCACACCCUGACCGCGAUAGGAUAGAAGUUCCAGGCGCCAGUCGCUACAAUGGCCGAAACUGCCGGCGCUGAAGAUGCCACUGUUACCUUCCAUGUCAAGUCGUCCGGUGGCCAGAAAUACACCAUUAGCCUCCCUCUGUCCACGACUACAUUAGACCUCAAGAACAAACUCGCCGCUGAAGAAUAUGCAAACGUCCCCGCGUCGGCCCAACGACUGAUCUACAGCGGGAAAGUGUUAAAGGACAACGAUACGCUGGCGUCGCAUAAUGUAAAAGAAGGCAACACCAUGCAUCUUGUCAAAAGCGCGGCAAGCAAUCAGCGACAGAACCCUGCUGCACAACCAACGACCUCUACUCCUUCGUCCGGACCUGCGCCAGCGGUCCCAGGCGUACCACAGAACCUGGCAUCAGGCACCGGGAACGACCCUUUGACUGCUUUUACUGGUGCGAGAUAUGCCGGUUUCACGCAAAUGCCGAAUGCCAGCAUGUUUACGAACCCUCAGAACCCCGAUGAUUUCAUCCGGCAACUGGAAGAUCCCAACUUCCAGCAAGUCAUGCGAGAAGCCAUGAACAAUCCACAAGUUAUUGAUAUGAUGAUUAAUCAGAACCCACAAUUGAGAAAUAUGCCAGGCAUCAGGCAAAUACUUCAAUCAGACGAUUUCCGACGGAUGAUGACGGACCCCAACGCAAUACGGGCCAUGAUGCGACUCCAGGGUGGUGCAGGAAUGAACCCCUUUGGAGGCGGCGGAGGAGAUGCAGCCUUUCCGGCACCUGGUGUUACCAAUACGACGGAAAAUGCUGGCGCUCAAGGCGAUAAUCAAACGCAACAACAGCAACAGAUGCCACCAAACCCAUUCGCAGCGUUCGGGGGUGGUGCAGGAGGAGGAGCAGGCGCCAAUCCGUUCGCAAGUAUGUUUUGGCCACCGUUCCCUCCUCAGAACACGGCAACGCCGGGUGCGCCCCCUCCCACUGGGACUCAAGGUGAAGCUGGAAAUAGAGACACGCAAACCCAGCAACAGCAGGCACAAAACCCUUUCGCUGCUCUCAUGAACCCUGCGCUGUUCGGUCAGCAGCAGCCAGGCGCAACAGGCGCAGCACCCCAACUUCCUGGGGGCAAUCCGUUCUUACAACCACCAAACCCUGAAGCAUUGAAUUCAUUCCUACAAGCUCUCGGAGGAGGCGCCGGAGGCGCAGGAGGUGUAGGAGGUGCAGGAGCCGAAGGAGGAAAUUAUGGCAACCUCUUCGACUUUCUUGGAGGAGCUGGUGGAGCAGGAGGAGCACCCGCAGCGCCUGCGGACAAUAGACCGCCCGAAGAACGAUAUGCCACUCAAUUGCAGCAGUUAAACGACAUGGGCUUCUAUGACUUUGAUCGGAACGUCCAAGCAUUACGGAGGGCUGGCGGCAGCGUGAAUGGGGCAAUUGAGUAUCUACUCAGCAAUCCUUAAGGCUGCUUCUUGAUCCUGGGGACAUCUAAGGGAAUGCAGACAAGAUGGCGAGUCUGUUUUCGGAAUGCCAGACGGGAGCCUCUGUGAGACUCGGUUUCAGACAUUUGGGUCGAGAGGGCUCUAGGCAUCGGUACAUGGCUUUGAACAAGACACUAUCAGCCGCACUCCCUCCCUGCUCAAAGAAUUGAUGCUCAUUAUCAACGGACAUCCACCCUUCUU